AUGCAUACUCCAUAAGACUAAUUACGAAAAGCUUUAAAGAGAUACAAUAAUGGGGACAAGUAAAACAAUAACCGAAAUUGCCGAUCACAGUAGCUACAAAUGCCGCAAGUACCAAAAGGAAUGUUGAGUAUGAACAGUACUCAAAAAUCAGAAAGAAAUGCAAAAUUGAGUGACACAGGUAAAUCAAUACAAAUAUAGUAGAUACAACUGAUGUGACCCAUUAUAAUUUGAAUUUUUCAUAGCCCAUUCAGUCUUGUUAUUAAGUGGAACACUUAGAUCUCAAUUUCUUUAAAAUUCAACCUUGCAAAAUUCCUGGAAAUCACAGUCACAAGCAUUGCCCAUUUUAUCACAAUGCUAAGGAUCGAAAAAGGUAUUAAUUAAAAUAUAAAAUUAGAAUUAAUGUCUAGUACUCAGCUGAAUUAUGUACAUACAUUGAAAGUAAUCAACAAUGUCCAUAUGCAGACAAUUGUAAUAAAGCUCACAAUAGAGUGGAGUAACUAUAUAGAGCAGAUAAUUACAAGACAAAAUUCUGUUCUUACUACCCUCACAAUAUUUCUUAAUGUGAUUAUGGAAAAUUUUGCUCUUUCGCACAUUCUGAAACAGAUAUUGUUAUAGAAUUAAUCCAUAACCUUGAAUAUGACGAUGAUUUCUUUAUGUUCUACUACAAAACAGUUUGGUGUCCCUUCAACCUUACAUAACACGAUAAAGCACUCUGUGUUUAUGCUCAUAAUUGGCAAGACUUUAGAAGGAAACCUUAAAUUUAUUAAUAUCAUCCAAUUCCAUGUCCAAGUUGGAACACUGCUGAAUACAUUUUAGAAUACUACAAUGGAUGCUAAGAUGGGUUUAAUUGUGGGAAAUGUCAUGGAUGGAAAGAAUUAGAAUAUCAUCCCAUGUUGUUUAGAACAAAAUAAUGUAUAAAUCAAAACUGUUCAAAAACUGAUUGUUCAUUUUAUCAUAAUAACUAAGAAAAAAGGUAUUAAUAUCGAAUAAACUUAAUAGAUAGAUCGAUCAAUUAUCAUAAUUUAGAGUGUUUAAGAUAGUUCCCAGAAAUCGAAUAGUUUAAAAUACAUUCAAAGUGAGGGAUCACAGUUUGUUGACUUCACAAAGAAAUGGGAGUAGCACACCUAGUUACUAAAAGUUAUGUGGCAGUGAUUAACACUGGUUGGGACACAACUUACAAAAUAGUUUUUAGUAUGAUCAGGAUUCUGAUGAGGGCAAAUAAAAUGUCAAAGGAUAACAUUAUUAAACUACCUUAAUAUCAAUUUAAGAAAGAACAGGUAAAACUUAAUCAGAUUGAUUUUUAGAUUCAGAUGAAUUAAAGGAUUUGAAGGAUCUAAUGAGAAAGAAAUCGAAUUCAGUGGUAGAUGAGAAAUAAAAUAAUGAUGACAAUGAACAUGUUAGAACAGUUUUGAAAAUGAUCGACAUGGAUCAAUGAAUAAAUAUUUUUAUUUAAUUCAAGAACUCCCUCUUAUA